AUGGCCAGUCUUGCAACAUAUUUUGGUCUUGGUCAACAGAAACAUAGGAGCUUAGAUGAUGUUCGAAUGAAUCUUGAAGUUAUCAAAGACUGUGCAACUAUUAUGUUCCUGGAAUCAUGUCUUCCAGACGUAUUCAUAGUGGAUAGUUUGGUUUCUCCAAAAGUUGCUGCAAGAAGUUGCCGUGUGGGAAAAUCUUUACAAGACAAGGGCCUAUCAGACGUGAAAACAGAAUCCGUGUUAUUAUCACCUAUUGCAACUCAAUGUAACGAAGAAAAACGUCCAACAACAUCUUCUCAUAUUGCAACGUGCAGCUCAGAAGGCAAUAAAUUAGCUAAUCCAGUUCAAUAUCCUCAACCACAAGAGACUUGUCCAGCUGCUUUAUCCGAGGCUAGUUGCAGCAGCAAUUUUACUGUUUUGAAGCCCUAUGAAGUUUUCAUCUCUAGCCUCACUGGAUCUCUUGUUCCAUUAUGUUAUGGCAGUCAAAGGAUACAACUAUUGCACAAUGGUUUCCCUUCUCAGCUUUCCUGUGAUGAUCUCAAAAUACGGUUCGGAAAAAGCGGCAGGUUUCAUAAUAAUGCAGGCCAGCCAAAGUUGAGUUUUGUGGUCGAUCCAUCAGAAAGCUUAUGUGAGGUUCUUGAAGUCUGUGAUGCCAUUGCUCUGAGUUCACUUUUGGACUCUGGACGUAGCUCUCAUAAUUGGAAGCCAGUAAUUGUUACCAGAAAAGAGGGCUCCUUCAGUUAUCCUACCGUGAGGUUACGAAUUCCCAUAUCAGAAUGUGGGGACGCUACCAUAUUUGCAGCUGAAGUGUACAAGAAAGAAUCAUCAUCAGGCAUUAUUGAAAGGUUACGUUUCAAUGAGGUUGAUACCAAGGAGCUCAGUUCGUUGUUGAUGCCCGGGAAUCUUGUGGACGCAGUUUUCUGCUUAGAUCAAUAUGAGUUUCAACAGGGUGUGGGGCUUGCAGUAGAACCGAGUACUUCUAUAAAUCUUGAAAGCCAUAAAUCUCAAAUUGCCAUUAUUUGGCCCCACACACACCCCCUUGAUUUAUGGCGUAAUGGGCAAUCCUCCGGAGAGCUAGCCUUUAUUCGUGAUUCGGCCACAAAACCUGGAAAACGAAUCAACUAA